CGGAAUUCGUUAGACCGGUUACGAGAAUCGGAGGGUGGCUUUUUUCGUGUUUGGUGGUUGUGCAUUUAGUGUGACAGAUCGACAGAAUGGUGUUUGAGUCACUUGUUGUUGAGCUUAUCAACAAAUUUGUUGGAGAUUACGUGGAGAACUUGGACGCAUCUCAGUUGAAACUUGGUAUUUGGGGCGGUGAUGCUGUGUUGGAGAACUUGGAUUUAAAAGAAAGUGCUCUAGAUGAACUUGAUCUUCCCGUGAAGAUAAAAGCUGGGCACGUGGGGAAGCUAACUCUGAAAAUCCCAUGGAAGAAUCUGUACACGGAACCGGUGGUGGCCGAGCUGGAUGGAGUAUACGCGCUGGCUGUCCCAAAUGCAGGUAUAAAGUACAAUGCGGAGAAGGAGGAGAAGGUGAAACAGGAUGCAAAGCAGAAGAAGUUGAAACAGAUCGACGAGAUCAAGAAAGCGGAGGCUGAAAAAGAUAAGCCGAAAGAGGAGAAGCAGGACUCGUUUGUUGAGAAGAUGGCGACGCAGGUGAUAAAGAACCUGCAGAUCAAGGUGAACAACAUUCAUGUGCGGUACGAGGACCGACACACCAACCCCAAGAGGCCCUUCGCCAUUGGCAUCACUCUGCAUGAACUCCUCUUUCAGACAACUGAUGAGAAGUGGGCACCAUGUGUUAUCAAGGAAGCUGUGACACAGAUAUACAAGCUCAUACGCCUGGACUCUCUCGGUGUCUACUGGAACAGCUGUACUGACAUGUAUGAUGGAAGGUCACGGGCAGAAAUAUUGACCACACUCAAAUCCAACAUAGCUUCUGGAGACUCGAAGACAGAAUACCAGUACUGUGUGAAGCCGAUCUCUUCUGUGGCUCACCUCAAGCUGAACACAAAACCCGAACAGACGAACUUCAGCCUGCCGAAAAUAUUCCUCACCAUCGUCUUUGACAACAUCGGCAUCGCGCUCUCAAAAUUCCAGUAUGACGAUGUGCUAGAGAUGCUGGAGUCAUUUGAGCGGAUGGGUCUGCUCGGAAUAUAUCGCAAAUACAAACCUGACGUCCCACUACACAAACAUGCAAAAGAAUGGUGGCACUACGCAUAUGCGGCUGUGUUGGAGGAGACGGUGCGGCGUCGGAGACGGAUGUUUUCGUGGCAGCACAUCUCUGAGCACCGCCUCAUGAUGAAGAAAUAUCGACAGAGUUAUGUGAAGAAACUCGACAGCAAGCGAGUCGGGGGAGACGUCACCAAAACUAUUGAAGAAUGUGAGAAGUACCUUGAUGUGUUCAGUAUCACAAUCAUGAGGCAGCAGGCCGAACUCGAGUUUUUGCUUGAUAGUUAUAUACUGGAAAGCGAGGCUGAAGAAGAGGCUGCGAGACUGGGUGCGAAGAGGGAGCAGGAGAAGGGAAGCGGUUGGUUUGGAGGCUGGUUCGGAGGGGGUCAGGCCAAGGCAGCAGACUCGUCCAAGACGGGAGAUAUUCAGGAGAAGUUCUAUGAGCACUUCACACCUGAAGAGAAGGCCAAACUCUACGGUGCAAUUGGCUACGAGGAGAACGAAUCAGACCCCACUCUCCCAAAAGAGUAUAUUGCUGUGCGACUGGUCACUAAGCUGAGCAACGUUUCUAUUUCCCUGUUGGACAAUACUAAAAAGGAACCACAGAUCUUGAAACUGAAGUUGAAAGAAGUGUUUUCUUCUAUUGGCCAGAGACCCGCCGCCAGUGCUGUGCAGAUUGAGGCUAAGAUAGACAGUAUAAGCAUGCUGGGCACGGUACAGAAUGGCGUCAAACCAAAGAUGAUCAAAUCUCAAGUCCAGGACUCUAAUCACGUUUACUCGCUGCUGGACGCUAAGAUUGAAACGAACCCGCUAGACGGAGGUGCCGACACCCGGGUCAAACUGAACUCAAGGCCGUUGGAGAUAACCUACGAUGCCUGUACGGUGAACCAGCUUGCGGUGUUUUUCAAACCACCUGAAUCUGUGAGACUUAAACAGCUGUCACAGGCUGCCAUGGCAACGUUUGAUGACAUAAAGGAGCAAUCGGCGACAGGCCUGCAACACGCUAUAGAACAGAGGAAAUACACCGAGAUCACGGUUGACCUGAUGUCAUCCUACAUCAUCGUGCCAGAGGGAGGCUUCAUGAAACCUGAUGUGAAGCUGCUUGUUCUAGAUCUGGGUACGCUCAAAGUGACCACAAAGAAAAGUGAGGUAGUGGAAGGAGAAAAGCAGAAGUCUUUGCAUGACGUGAUGGCUGAAGCCUACGACAAGUUUAACAUUGAACUGACGGGAAUACAGAUAAUGUUUGUCAACCCAGGUGAUGAUUGGCAGGCCGCUCGAAAUGAUGAAAAAUCCAAAAUGCACAUUCUGUACCCCAUCUCCAUUCUGCUGAACCUUCACAAGUGUAUGAUCGCCAGGGACCCCAGAAUGGCUAAAAUGAAGGUGUUUGGUGAGAUGCCCCUGCUGAGUUUGGCGAUCUCCGACUUCCGUCUGCAGGAGAUUCUGUCCAUGGUCGACAGUAUUCCGCUCCCGGAGUCUGGCCCCCCUGAACCUGAGAGCGAGGACCUCUUCAAGGGACCGAGUGCCAUGGUGUUGGUUGCAGGUGAUGAACAACAGAUGUUGGCGAAGGCCUCCAAACUAAUCACAGCAGAGGAGGCCACUGCUGUACCCAAGAAACUUGAACGGGCAAUGUCGUCAGAAUAUGUCAACUUCACUGACAUGGAACUCCGAUUUGAAAUCAAGAAGGUGGUACUGAAUGUGAGUGAAAAGACUGGCGGGGAGGAUGUUCCGUUGUUGCGGCUGGUGGUGGAGCGAAUCGGAGCCGCGAUGGACAUGAGGACAUUCGACAUGAAGGUGGAGGCUCACAUCAGUUCACUCAAGCUCGAACAUCUCCGCUUCAAGGAAUGUCGUCCUGCAUCCUGGCAGAAGGAGUCUGACCGCCGCCCUACAACCUAUUUGUAUUGGCCUCGCAAAAACAGGAAAUACUAUGAGAUGGCUAUCAGCCUGGUUGGAACGCCGUACGUUAAAUACUCAGAGCUGCUCCAUGUGGUGUACCUCAAGGCGAACAAAAAGGGCCCUGAAUUUGACACGGUGUAUGGCAAGACGGAGCAGUCAAUUGAAGUGGAGUUCGCCGGCCUGGAGCUCAUGCUGCAUCAGGAGGCAAUACUCAGUCUGAUGGAAUUCGCUCAGCACAUCAUGCCAGCCGACAAACCUGCAGUUGUUGCCCCUGAAGUGAAGCCGUCUGAAGGGAAAGCUGACAAGAAAGAAGAGGAAUCCAAAGAGAAGAAACCCGCAAGAAAGAAAAGGGAGAAACCCGUUGACCCAGAUCUCAUAGAUGUGAAAAUCAAGGCUGAAAUGAAAGCUCUUUAUAUUGCCGUAGCAACGGAGAAGAGGCUAAUUACUGAUAUUCAGAUCGAAGGUAUCGAUGCCUUCGUGGCUGUCCAGAAAGCCAAAACGACAAUCGGAGCAGUUCUCCGAGAUAUGAAAAUAGCCGACCCGACGAAGAACACUCACUAUCCCAAGAUUAUGGGGAUUGAAGGCAGUGAGGUUUUGAAGCUGGAUGUGGUUGCCUAUAACAACGGGACGGAGGGCGAGAAGUACGCCGACAUGUCUUGUGUUGACACGAAGGUCGAGGUCACGAUGGGAUGUAUCCGUCUCGUCUUCCUCAACAAGUUCGUCAUGGACCUCCUGGGUUUCCUUGACAACUUCCAAGCGGCGAAGGACAAAAUGAAGGAAGCUGGGGACGCGGUUGCCGAAUAUUCUGCGGAGGCUGCAAAAAGUCUACAGGAGAAUGCGUCGCGCAUCGCUCUCAACAUCAAGAUGAAGGCCCCGGUGAUCAUUGUGCCCCAGAAGUCAACAUCCAAGAAUGUACUGAUGGCUGAUCUCGGUAACCUUGACCUUCACAAUGGCUUCCACCUGGCGGGCAAAUUGCCGGCCAGUGGAAUGCCGGCCGUCCUAGACAAGAUGGAGAUUGUCCUGACGUCUCUCAAAUUGUCUCGAGCCAUUAUGUUAACCAGUGGAGUGGUGGAGGCAGAGUGUCUGAUAUUGGAGCCAAUAACCAUCUCUCUGAAAAUCGCCCGCAAUCUGUCAGCCGCAUGGUUCCAUGACCUCCCCGACAUCGACGUUGGCGGGACACUGGAGGCAAUUUCUGUGAAAAUGAGCCAGGGCGACUACACAAUAAUCAUGAAGAUGUUGGAUGAGAACCUGAAGGAGGGUCAGUCACCAGAUGGUGAUAAUCUACACGUGAAGACGUCAGUCGGGUCAACUACACAGGCAGGGUCGACCAUCACAGCCACCACAGUGACGCCAGUCACGGCAUCCACUCUUGAAGCUAAACCGAAGAAGGAACCAUCACAAGAUGUUGUAAAGACCACUGAAGCAGCUUACAGCAAGAUGAAGUUCAACUUCGUGUUGAAGUCUCUGGCAGCCACGUUGUACACAGGGGAUAGCAAUCUGAAAAAAGGUAUUUGUCAGCGUGAGACAUCACGAGCUUUAGGAAAGUUUGAACUGCAGGGUUUUAUACUAGACGGACAGAUGAUGUCCGACACUUCCAUGGUAACCACUGUCAUCCUCAAGGACACCAUCUUGGACGACCUUCGACCCUCAAAACAAAGGGGCAUAACUAGAAUGAUCUCAAGAAGUGCAUCCAAGUCGAAAUCUGCGAACAUGAUCGACGUGAAUUUCAACCAGAAUUAUAAACAAGACAAAAAUGUUGACGUCCGGGUGAGCAGUCUGCUGAUCUGCGUGUGUUCCGAGUUUCUGAUGACCCUGGCAGAUUUCUUCACGAAGGGUUUGCCAAAAGCACCAGAACAACCAGCAAAACCUGACGCGACCAAAGUUGUGAAGACAGAAGUGAAGCCAGCAGUCGAAGCAGCCCCGCCACCCGAGGGUGAGAUGGUCAUACAGCUGGUGAUAGAGAAACCGGAAAUAAUCCUCAUCGAAGACCAGCUGAACAAGAGCACCAACUCGCUCACGGUCGAUAUGGGACUGAAUUUCCACAUGCGCAACACCCCGGAGGUUCAGACAAUGCAAGCCACCAUCCAAGAGGUACAGAUCCGGUCCUGUAUGUUUGACAAGAGAGAUCAGUCGGGAAUACAGAUCCUGCAGCCGUGUGACAUCUCGUUCCACAGCAGUGCGCCGUACGGCAAGGGCCACCACAUGGACGUCAGCCUGUCGGACCUCGUCCUCAACAUCUCCCCCGCCACCAUCCGGACACUCACAUCCAUAUCCAGUGGAUUUGCAACAAAACCAGAAGAAGAGGAAGGAACUAAAAGGGAGAAGAUUCCAGACAACUUGUGGGAUAUUAAACAGCUUGCGGAUGUUGACUUGUGGUAUCUAAAACUAGCUGAGAACGAUGUUGAUUCUUCUUUGGAUGUAGCAACCGAAGCAACAGAAGAGCUUGUCAAUGGGGAGGUAACUCCCGAAGAAACCCGUGGGGAGCAGAUGAUCCUGAGCCUGCCUUCCAUUGUGAUGAAACUGGAGGGGGGUAUCGACCACAGGACAGUUCCGCUUCUCAUCGUGGAGUCGUCGUUCCAAGGGGAAGUCCGUGACUGGAGCUCCAAGUUGUAUGUUGAGAGCUCUUUGCGGCUGGAGGUAGCGUACUACAAUGAAAGACUGGCUGUCUGGGAGCCACUGCUAGAACCUGUUAUUGAGAAUUCUAAACCCCGACGCUGGGAGCUCGAACUAGAAGUGAUGCAGAAUGAUGACUUACCGCCCCCGAUUGAGGAGGGUGAGGAUACCGUUGUGUUACCUCCCCCCAAGAUGACCAUCAGUGUUAAAUCCACGGACUCACUGCAGCUGACGAUGACCAAGACUUGUCUGGAAGUUCUACAAAAUCUCGGCAAGGCCUUUGGAGAUGCAUACAACUUGGUUGAGUCUGAUGCCAAAGCUGGAGAAAUGGAUUCUCCGUACGUCAUACAGAACCAGACAGGACUCGAUGUCAUACUAAAACUAGACCCAUUGUUUGAGCCUCCACCCAACACGGUGAGUGGUAAAGUGAAACUGCCGCAGGGUUCUAACCUGCCUCUGUCCAACAAGAUCAGUGGAUCGCCCAUCACCAAGGCUUCAAUGAUCAAAUCCACGCAGGAAGGACAGGAGAGGAAACUCAUCUUCCAGAUUGAAGAGUCCGGUGCUGCAAGGGAGAUAACUAUCAAGCGAGCUGAGAAGCGUCUGUUUCAGAUAAACCAGAAGUCGCACUCUGGUGAAACGUGGGCAGUUGUCGCACAGACAGAUACAAACCUGGGACAGAAAGUCGUGUCACUGCGAUCUAUCGUACAGGUGUACAACCAUCUGGAGGUUGCGAUCGAGGUGUACUAUAAAGGAGACACAAAGGUGGAGAGCUGUGGCAUUGCACAGCCGGGGAUGACCUUCAGUGUGCCGCUCAAAGUUGUCUACUGUGUGUCUGGCGAACUCCUCUUCAGACCUGUGGAUGGUUAUGACAUAUCGUCGGAGAAUUUCAAGUGGCUGGCUGCCGAGAAUGAGGGAGUCAAACAGUUCAGCUGUGCAAGUCGACAACCAGGCUCGACUGCACUCUGUUUUAACGUUGCAACAAAAGUGGAAAACAUCUACUUUGAAAAUGGGACAGAAACGAAUGCAAAGAGCUACGUUCUAAACAUCCAUCCGACCGUCAUUCUACAUAACCUGCUUCCAUUCCCUAUCUACUAUGUGUUAGAGGGAAAUUCUGAUCAGAAGAAAACCCUCAACAAGGGAGAGAACUGUCCUCUGUUGAAUGCCGCUGUGAACCAGUCAACACUGGAACUGUCGCAUUCGAUGAAGAUAGUGAUUCCUGAUUAUAUGGGCAAAGAGUAUGUAGGGAAUCGAAUUCUGAAAACCAGCGUGCCCGAACUUAGCAUCUGGACGUUUGAAACACAAGAUGGAAACCAGAAUACCACCAUGGAUUUUGGACUGUACUGUAAGAUGAAUGAGGGCAGUUUUGAUGUGUCUCUGUAUUGUCCGUACUGGAUGAUUAACAAGACUGGACAGUCACUGAGUUACAGGGGAGGUGAAGGUGACACGGAAUACGACCACCCAGCCGACUACGACGGCAUCGUCAUGUUCGUCUUCAAGUCCAAGUCGCUGUUUGGCAGCAAGAAGAAGGAGAAAAACGGGAAAUCUGAAUCUGAAAAAAAAUCUAAAGUAAAAGAGAUGAAACAGAGUGGUAAAGCACAGUUAAAGAUCGGAAGUGCUGAUUGGUCAGACAAGUUCUCUCUUGAUACUGUUAACUGUUCUGGAACCGUUCAGUGCAAAAGUGCUAAGAGAGUGUUUGAAGUUGGUGUCACAAAUAACCUAACCCAGACUGGGUUGACCAAGGUGAUAACGUUCACACCUUUCUACAUGCUGCUCAACACCGCAGAGACUUCUAUCUUGUGUUCUGAGGUGGCAGAGACUGAUGACUGGAUUGAGGUGGUACCAGGGAAGUGUUUGCCAUUUUGGCCUGAGCAGACUGGGAAGGACUUGACAAUGAAAGCCAAGUUCAAGGACACGCCGUUGGCGACGACCCCGUUCCAGAUAAACAAGGCCCACACGACGUGCCUGCGCCUUGACAACGAGUACGGCGGCCUCAACGUGGAGUGUGUUGUCACAGAGUCUGCCAUGGUGACGACCUUCACCGAGUAUGCAUUGGGACUGGCAGCCAUUCAGAUUGUCAAUCACGUGGCGUCUGGGUCGAUCACCUUCAACCAGAAGGGUCUGAAGACGGUGCACACCCUGAAUCCCAUGGAAACCGUUCUGUACACGUGGGAAGACGCACUGGGAAAACGGGAACUCGUCUGGAAGUGUGGUGACAAGGAAUUCACCAAUGAUUUAUCACAGGAUGGACUGGGAGAUUUCUUCGUUGACACGGACACGAAAGCCUACUGGGUCUCCUUCCUCGAUGGGAUGCAGCGAGUUAUGCUGGUAUCUCAGGACCUCGCUCUCAUCACCAUGGCACAGCAGGCUGGAGAGUUCGAGAGGAUUGAACAGGAAAUCAGUGUCUCCAUCCAAGGAAUGGGAUUGUCGCUUGUCAACAAUUAUAACCAAUCAGAGAUUGCCUUCCUUGGAAUCACAAGCUCGGGGAUUAUUUGGGAAGAGAAGAGAAAACGGUUCAAGCCAAUCAAGAUAAAGGACAGUUUAAUACUGGAGCAAGCGUAUCAGAAAUACAUCACUGAAAUCACCAUAGGAAACACGCCACCAGCCAGGGUACAUCUCGAAAACAAGAUGGAGGUUGAUUUUACAAACUACAAAGACAACAUCUUGAUGUUGAAACCCAACAAGCGCACGAUCCGGCGGAGUUUCGUUGAUGGGAUCUGGAUCCAGUACAAGACAUCUCCGCUCCAGGUUCAGCUUCAUGCCAAGAUCAACCGGCUGCAGCUCGACAACCAGCUGACAGGGGCUGUGUUCCCCACGGUGGUCGCACCACUGCCACCACCAAAAUCAGUCGCUGCUGAAAGUGUUCCAAAACCGUUCACUGAGAUCAGUUUGAUGCAGAGAAAACACGAACACAGCUCCGUGUCACAGAUCAAAUAUUUCAAAGUUCUGAUCCAGGAGUUCUCGAUGAAAGUGGAUCAGGGUUUUCUCAACGCCAUUCUCGACCUGUUUGCUGCUGAUGUUCCUAUCUCUCGUGACGAGGAGACGGCCGGUUUUCUAGUGGACUGUAACAAGAAUGAGGAGGACUUGAUGAUUGUGGUGGGCGUGUCUCUCGCUCAGGAGCAGAAGAACUUCUACGACUAUCUCCACUUCUCACCCAUCAAGAUUCACCUGAGUUUCUCUCUACAAGGCGGAGGUGACAGCGACAAGCCGACUCAGAUCCACGCCAACGUCCUCAACGUCUUCCUACAGAGCGUCGGCGUUGUGCUCACAGACAUACAGGACGUCGUCUUCAAGUUGGGUUACUUUGAACGGUGUCACAACUUCUACAACAAGAGUCAGCUGACUAAUGAGAUGACGCGGCACUACGCGGGACAGGCAAUAAAACAGAUGUACGUGCUCGUGUUGGGGCUGGACGUGCUGGGUAACCCGUUUGGUUUGCUGCGCGGUCUCUCUGAAGGAGCAGUAGAUCUCUUCUACGAACCCUACCAGGGUGCUAUCCAAGGACCGGAAGAAUUUGCCGAGGGUCUGGCGUUGGGAGUUCGCAGUUUGUUUGGACAUGCUGUUGGUGGUGCUGCUGGAGCGGUGUCUCGUAUCACGGGAACGCUGGGGAAGGGAAUCGCGGCCCUCACUCUGGAUGACGACUACCAGAAGAAACGUCGCGAACAGCUGAACAAACGACCGGCCAGUGCCAGAGAAGGGUUCGCCCGCGGUGGAAAGGGACUUGUUAUGGGUGUGUUUGAUGGUGUAACAGGAAUUGUACGGAAGCCCAUGGAAGGUGCUAAACAAGAAGGCGUCUCAGGAUUUUUCAAGGGAAUGGGCAAGGGGCUUGUUGGCGUGGUAACCAGACCGACAAGCGGAGUGAUUGAUUUUGCAAGCAGCUCAUUUGAAGGAAUCCGAAGGUUGGCUGAAAUGUCUGAUGAAAUAAAGAGACUCCGGCCGCCACGACGAUUCCACAAAGACAAAAUAGUCCGGCCGUAUAACCACCAGGAGGCGGAGGGAUACGCCAUACUCCAUGAAACUGAGAAGGGCAAAUUUGCGACGACCGAUGAAUAUGUUGCCCACGUGGUCAUCAGCAAGGAUGGAAAACUCAUCUUCCUGGUCCUCACCAAGCGUGUGUUGCUUGCGAAGAGAGGCGAAAUCUUCGGAUCGUGGGAUGCGGAGUGGAUGUUCACAUGGGCAGAAAUUAAGGAACUACCCAAGAAAACAAAUAAAGGAAUUGAAAUAGUGCUGAAGGAGAAAGAGAAGAAGUUGUUUUCCUUUGGCCACAGUGCUACCAAGAAAGAAGUCCAUAUACUGGAUCCUAAACAGGCAGAGUGGAUCAUUGGGAAAAUUGAAGAAGCUAUGGCCCGUGCAGCGACAUAGUUCCUACAUAUUCUUCUACCCGAUUGGCCAGCAGUCCAUAUCAUAUCUGUAAACUGCCCUAUGAUUGGCUGGACUUGGGACACCUUCACCUUGUAUGAAGAGACUUGAUUGGACAAUAAGACGACUGUGUGCAAUAUUGUAUCACUGCGUGUUGACUGUUGUGUUUGUAUUGGAACAGCUUCUUUCAGUUCAUUGGUGCUUUGUUGAUGGUGAGACGCUGCUUGCAGUGAUUUCAUCAUCUGAGAAUUAUGACAUUACUGUUAUUUUAAUUAGUAUUAUUACUGCAUACAUGUUGUCGAUCAAAUUCAAAAAUAUCUCUGAGAAAACAUUAUGACCGACUCUGAAAUAUUUAAAAGAAACCAGGAUAAUUAUGUUAAUAUAUUACAAAAAAGAAACAUUAUAACUGACUCUGAAAUAUUAAAAAGAAACCCAGGAUAAUUAUGUUAAUAUAUUACUGAAAAAACACUGCAGAGAACUCAGAAUUUUCUUUUAAAACACUUAAUUUCAGCAAUAUAUCACUUUGUGCAGUUAUGUGGUAAAACAUUUAUUAUUGCGUUCUCAUAGCACACUAGAAAUCGAAAUUGUAAUAUUUGGAAAAAACAAUAUAGUCAAACCAGUCUUCAUUUUGUGUCCGAUUCUAUCAGAUUCUUAUUUAAAAAAACACUGUGAUCAUUGAGAAUUAAAAAUGUUCAUUAAUGUUUUACACCGAGCUUAGUGACUUAAUUAUAAUUUAAUUCUAAUAAAUAAUUAUUAUGUAAAUCAUAUUUUGACACAUGUGGGUUGAACACUGGAUGUCAAUUUUUUUUUUUAACAAUUGGCAUUUCUUAAUUCACAUGAUUUUCAUUUGUAGGAAUGUUACAGGAAUCUGUGGCCUAAUUCACUAAAGUCUCGCAACUUUUCAGUCUCACUGUGCAAUGCACAAAGACAUGCAAUGAUGAUGUGAUUUUUUUUUUUUUAAAAGAGCCUUACAGAGCUUUGUGAAUUAACUCCCUUAUGACUGACAACAAAACUGAGAUCUUGUCAGUGGCCAUGAGGUUAGGACCACACACUGAAUGUCAUGUAAAUCUGUGGCCUGUUCCAGGAAGCUAUCUUAGCGCUACGAUCAUCUUAGGUGCAUAAAUACUGUAUAUACUUAAGGUGAUCUUAGCGCUAAGAUCAUCUUAGGUGGAUAACUGCUGUAUACACUUCAGGUGAUCUUAGCGCUAAGAUCAUCUUAGGUGUAUAACUAUUGUAUACACUUAAGGUGAUCUUAGCGCUAAAAUCAUCUUAGCACUAAGAUCACUUCGUGGAACGGGGCUCAGUGCAGUCAGUUUAAAUUCCGUGUUUUUAUACAUGAUAUAUGCUGGUUCGUGACACUUGAUUUUACUUCAGUAUUUAGUAUUCAUUUUCAUUCUCCGUGAAAGACAAAACAAAUGAGAUUCACAAAGGAUUACUGAGAAAAUAGUGCAUUACAUUUUAAAAAAUAUAAUUUAAAGCUGAGAUUAAACCGCGGAUGUGAUUCGUCCGCUGUUUAUCUUGCUUCACUAUUUGGUAUAAAUAAUUUGUCCAAAAUUACGGCUUUUAGAUUGCACCAAAGUUGAUGUGAUAAAGGGUAAAUACAUUAAUAGGUUAAUUAGAAAAAAGAAAAGUAAUACUGAUUUACAGUUAUCGUAAAACAACUGUAAAUAAGAAAUUUCUGUCAGGCCUCUAAGAAUUAAAAAUUGGUGUAAAUCAUAUACGGGAUAUGCCAAGUAUAUAUAAUUCACGUAAACUACAAUGUAUUUAAGUUUGCUUAACAUGUUUACAACAUUGUAAAUGUUCUAAAUUUGAUUUAGAAUUGUGCAAGUUAAAGACAAAUGAUUGUUGGUGCAAGUUUUAUAACCCAGUUCUCUCCGUUUCUGGCUGUAUUAAAAACUACUUUACUUCAAACAGAUGGUUUUAAUGUGAAUGUUGUAUUUUGUGUUACCUUUAUAUGCAUGAAUAACCACAACAUGUUUGUUAAAACGUGAAAGUUCGGUUAAAUUUAGUUAAUGACAAAAUGUAAAUGUUUUGGCAAAUCCUUUCGGAAAUUAUUUGCAAAACUGUACUGUUGAAUCCGUGUUGAAUUCUCAAAUAGCUUAACGUCAGAUAAUGUUAACAUACUCGGUAACUGUUGAUUAGUUACAAUGAAAUGGUAAUUUGUUUUAAAGAUGGAGUAAUCGUUGAACAUUUACAUAUGUUUUUUAUGUAUAUGUGCAAAUGUUAUUUAAGGAUUCUUUAACUAUACUAAAAUUUACAUUUGUUGCCUAGGUAUUGUCUUAUGAUUAGGUUACUCAGACGUGUGUGCAGGAAUUUUAUCAGGAGAGGUUUGCAAAAUUUAUUGGGGGCAGUCAAGUCAUCCUCCACCAGAAAUAUGUAAAAAGAUUUGCUUGAGCAGCUGGGUUUUAACCCUCGAAACACCCCUCCCCACUCCUCCUCCACACACGCGUCUGUUACUGUUAAAAGUUUAUAGUUGUUUCUUUCGAACAUGUUAUGCAAAUAGUUUUUUGUAUUAUUUUGUGCUAAAAAAAAUAUCAUGACCGAUUGUACUUUUAUAAAAUUUCAGUUUGUGAUAUUUUAUUAAUGUUAAAGCAGUAAUGUUCUGUUUUUUUAAUAGCCUUUGUUCUACAACACAAUUGUAUAUAACGGUAACAGGGUUCCUUUGUAUACAUCUCUGUAAGGUUUCCAAUGAUUGUAUGUUAAACCACAUGAUUGUGUUUCGUUUCCAUAGCAAUAGGUUAUUCUUUGUGAACAAAUGUAACAUUUUAAAAGUUAACUUAUAUAUAUUGCUGAAGAAUUUUUUUUUUUUUUUAAUUAGUGUUCUUUGUCAAAAUAUAUUUAAAAUGAAUUUCAAUUUGUGGUGAAGUUAAAAAGUACUUUUAUUUUGUUUACAUUUUAGUAUUUGAAUGUGGAAUGUGGACGAAAACUGCAAAUUAAUAAUACAAGUUAAUUAGAGCUUAAUUAAACAGUUAGAUGAUUUGGUGUGGACGUUUUUUGCAUGUAUGAAGGCAGGAGGAAGAAAUUAAUCUUUUCUAAUCACAACACAUUUUAAAUACCUUUUACUACAUGCCGGACAGCACAUACCACAUUAUUUGAUAUAUAUGUAUCAUUCUUGAAUAAACCGUAUAACAAAAUACUACAUUUCUGUAACACUAAAAAUACAGAUUGAAUUUUUUUUACUAAUGACGGGUGUUCCUGGUAUAAAAUUUCACCAAUUAUGUUUUUCAAAAUUUUAGACUAUUCCACAUUCAAAUGAUAAAAUGUGUUUGAAGAAAUGAUGUAUAUUUUUGCUAUGUAUGUUUGUACAUGUAUAUGCAAACUUCUUUAUGUUAGGUGUUUGUUUAUCAAUAUAUUCCAUUUUUGUAGUCCCGCGGUUUCAAAUCUUAGUUCAGGCUUGCUCAGUGAUUAAUCUGUUGAUUGUCAUAACAACUGAAUGGUGCUUUUAGAAAAAUAUUACUGUUGUUAGUUGUGAGAUAUUAGUAGUUGUAGUUUUUGUAAUAGAAUUAGUAUUAUGUGAAAGAACGAGAAAUAUUCUCAAAUGUUCUCUUUUAAAUCUGUUGUCAUGAGUUCUGUACACUUUCUCAUUCAUUUGUUUUUUGUUUUGUUUUAAAUGUUCUUGGUGGGUUUUUUAAUUGUUGGCUAAUAUUUCUUGACAAAAUUUACUUUCAUUUCUCUCAUCUAUUAUUGUAUUUAAUGUGGCUUCUUGUCUUUGCUUUGUUUGCUUUAAAUCUAACUUUGAUCUCAUCAAAAUAUAAGAUAAUAGUGCUUAUUUUAACAGCUUUUGUCUGAAUUUGGUAAUUCGUCUUUUUAAGAUUGUUGUGAAAUUAUAUUCCAUGCUUAAUUUUUAAGUUCAAUUUAAGAAAUUGUAUCACAUGAAUGUUAAAACUUGUAUCAGAAUAAUGUUAUGUAACUGCGCUUCAUUUUGCUUAAACAAUGUCCUAUAAACGCAAUGACCACAAAA